UCUCGCGUUGAGGAAAUGAUAAUUUAAAUUGUAUCAACAUGGCUCGACUCGUACUGCUGCUCUUGAGCCUCGUCCUUUGUGCCUCGAUUGGCCAUGCUCAAAAUGAUCCAAAACCAAAGCCAACAGUGUUCCCAGGGUAUCCAUUUGACGCUGAAGCCGACGCCGAUAAUCUGCACGAAGCAAUGAAUUCACAGCAACAGUCCAAUCCAUUGGCCAUCGAAUCCAUCCUGUCGCGACGCAGCCUCCAACAAAGACUCACAAUUGCGGAAAAGUACAAAUUGAGUUACGGAAAGAAUCUGGAAAGCGAUAUAACCAAAUACGCAGAAAGCUGUCUAACUUGUUUCUCGUUCGGGCGCAUGGGCGAGCUUAUGUUUAGUCCUCUGCCCGUGCAGUACAGCCAUCAUCUAAGUAAAGCCAUGGUUGGUCCGGGGACGACCGAGUCGGUGCUCACCGAGAUACUUUGCGGCAACAAAAACAACAUGAUCAGAAACAUCACCCAGGCGUACGCCGAGAGGUAUGACGGCAAGAGCUUACUGGCCGAUCUGGAGGGCGAGACUUCGGGCGAUCUGAAGAGUCUGUUGGUGCUGUUGAUGCAGGCGAACCGCACCGGGCCGCACCUGGUGAACGCCCAGGCUGUGAAGGACGACGUGUUGGCGCUGUACAACAACGGUGAGAUCAACUGGCGUGAAGACUCCAGCAGGCUGAAUGAGGUGCUGGCGCGGCGCAGCGUCCAGCACAUCCGCUGGGUCUUGCAAGGGCUGUCCCGCAAGACCGGAAAGAACAUCAAAGAAAAUGUCGAUGAACAAUUCUACUUUGGCAACAAAAAAGGAUAUCUCGCGUGCGUGCGCAUGAUUCAAGAACCUGAGGAAUACUUUGCUGAUGUUUUGAACGAUGCAAUCAAUGGUUUGGGUACUAGUGAAGAUGCCUUGAUUCGUGUCAUUCUGACCAGAUCGGAGAUCGACCUGGGAACCAUCUCGGAAAAGUACGAGCAGAAAUACGGGCGCUCUGUCAUUGACGACAUUAAGGGAGACACCGGAGGUUUCUACAAGAACAUGCUGUUGGCCUUUUUCGGCGAGGAUGCUAACGGGAGGAAUUAACCUAAAAAUUAGGUGGAUAAACGUUACAUAUGUCUACGCAUUUGUUAUAAGAAUAAAAUAAAUGACAAAAUACAGCAUU